ACCGAGUGACAGAAAUAUUUUUGGUAAAAAAAUUUAAUUUACACGAUGACUGAAAACGUUUUACUCGCAAGCGAAGCCGAAUUUUACAUAAAUAAUAUCAGUAUUGGAACUAUAGAAGAUAUUGGAACUAAAAAAUGGAUCAAUUGGCACCAACGCUUACAAAAACUAAAUCAACAAGCUGUUUUAGAGGCUAGUGAAUUACGAGAAGAAGCAAUUAAGGAAUUUUUAGUUUCAUACAAUAAAUUGAGUAUUUUGGUACAUGAAGCUAUUUUAAUGAGCGUAUGGCGAACUAAAAUUUUACCACGACUCUUAAAACUUCAACCUGAACCAGAAAAUACAUUCUUUCUGUAUUCAGCUUUAUAUCAUGAAGCGACAGCUAUAUCUUUGCUGGAAAUUGUGCUCUAUCAUGCAGAUAGCUGUGAAGUUCUAAAUGAUGUGGUCUUGGAUCUAAUCGAUUAUGUUUAUGAUGCUAUUACAUGUGUAAUUGCAUUAAAAUCGAAAAUAAAAACGUCGGUAACUGAUGGUGAAAAUAUUACAGAUAUAGAACAAAUUGUCCGUGAAGAAUUCCCACGGCAAAGAGACAAUUUGGUGUUUGAUAUUGGAAUGCGUUGUAUUUCAAUAAUAUUUCAUAUAAUUGUAAAUGUAGAGAGAUUUCCGCUGUGUGCGACUAAUCGUAUGUUAACAACGUUAGAUGUUCCAUUACUAUUAGUCCAAUUAAUUGAAGAUAAACCAUGGAUUAAAGUGAAUUCUAAGAACGAAACUCUGCAUUAUAUCGAAGGAAAAUGGAAAGUUGUAACGGGUGAAGCUGAAAUGAAAUUAACUGGACAUGAAGCGCAUGUAUGGUUAGCUUUACGGCAAAUUUUGAUGAAUUCAAAUACUCCUAAUAUUUAUGAAUACAAUGAAUAUCGAAAAAAUCAACUAAUACGUUUACAGAAAUACUUAACAGAAGUAGUUUUAGAUCAAAUACCGCCUUUAAUUGAUCUAAAACAAUGGUUAUGCCAAUUAAGUGUAAGCGAUCCUCCAUCACAGAAAAAACCGAUUAUUAUUGAGUUGGUCCCCGAGAUAAAACAAAAAAUUUUAAGUUCUAUAUCAAAGAAGUUAAAAUCGAUGACGAUUACACAUGCUAAACGAUUUUUUACAACUAAUAAAGAUGAACUUUUGGAAAUUGCUAAUAGUUUAAAUGAUGCGUACAAUACUGAUUUUCUCGAAAAAAUGAUAGAAAAAUCGGAAAAUAAUCAAGGUCAAAUUUGUGCGGGUUGUGGUCGCAAUGGUUUAAAAAAAUGUUCCAAAUGUAAAAAUGAAUGGUACUGCGGUCGUGAAUGUCAAGUAAACCAUUGGCCACAGCAUAAAGAAAACUGUUUAGCAAAUUAA